AUGUCUACACCAGUUGCUGAUGACCAACGUUCAAACAAGGAAGGUCAUUCGGAGAAAAAACAAGACUCAGAGAGUAAAAGUACCGAAACAAGGCCAAUGAUAGAAGCAGACGACACAACGAACUAUGCUGUAGAGCUUACCAAACGAGUUAAUUUAUUUUCUGGGUUUUUUUCUAUGGAAUUAUCACUGUUUUUGCUUAUAAGGAAUGCUGCUUCGAAAGUAAGACGUGCAUUAGCCGAUUAUUACACGAGCUGUCAUCAGUCGCUGAUACUGAAUAGUGCAGCAGUUAACAGAAGUGAAUUUAUUGGUGAUCCAGAUGCGGAUACUCCUUGCCUUCCGUCCCUGGACAGUUUAGUCAAAAAAGCCGAUGCAAGGCGCGAAAUAAAUAAAAUUUUAAAUGUUGUGGAGAGGGGUCGCGAAGAAUUGGAAACUCGGCACCAUCCGUUACUCAUUUUAGCUGAAGCGACAGCAUUCCGCUUGAAAAAACAUAUGGAUUUUUUGGAAGAACAGAAGCCCACCAACGUACUCACAGAAAAUGGCGUUUUUGUUGGAAAAUUUUAG